CGACUCGAUAUCUUUGCUGCCAAGAUAUACAGUAUGAAGUCGCAUCGCACAUUUCAUCUCGAGCAUGGACCGGAGUCGAAACACCUGAUGCUGGCGUGAGCAUCGUUGUACAACAAAAAUGGAAGAUAGAGCAUACAUGGUACCAAAGCACGCGGGGUACAACAUCUUACCCAAUACAGUGCGCAUUCAAUCCUACUCUUCGACGUCACCGUAGAAUCUAACAGCUUGUAGCCUUUGUUUGGCAGAUUGCUUCGUUUCGCGACGAGAUCUCCCGCAAGAGUAGCCAUUGAUGAUGUUCGAUCGCAGCAGCAAAGAACACAUAUCGAGUUGCUCUCCGAUGUUCUGGCAUUGCGUAGCACCAUUCUUGCAACUUUGGAUUCAGCCACGCGAGCAGCGCUAGAACAAAGAGAUGAAGUAUACAUCGCCAUCGUUGCCGCUGGAGGUUACGAAUACACUGUAGCGAUGCUUGCCGUGCUUGCACUCGGAGCCGCUGCGGUACCGAUUUCCCCAGCAGUUCCCGUCCAAGAAGCUGCAUACUUCGUCGAGAAAUCCAAGGCUGCAUUGGUACUCGUGAGCUCUUUCGAUCUCGAGAAAUGUUGCAGGUUGGAGAAGUGUGUCGCUUCAACAAGUAACGAGCAUUUCAGGGGCGUGCCAAUUGGACCCUAUACCUUUACUCCCACUUUGGACCCAGCAGAGAUAUUUAUAUCAUCCGACCGGGCUUUGGAGGAGAAUGCCGCCAGUGUCGUCAUCUUCACCUCGGGGACUACUGGACUUCCUAAAGGAGCAGUCAUGCGGAGGGCCUUCGUUUUUGACUGUGCCUUGUCGGUUGCAGAUCACUACAGGUUGACUGAAGAUGACGUUAUGCUCCACGUUCUACCGGUUCACCAUGCGACUGGCGUUGGUAUCAACUUCUUCCCAUUUCUUAUCUCUGGAAGCAGGAUCGAGUUUCGGAGCGGAAGUUUCGAUGAGAAGUGGAUGUGGGAACGAUGGAGGGAUGGUGCAGUGAACCCACAGCGCCGAUUGACUUUCUUUUCCGGAGUACCGACAAUCUACAUGCGCAUGAGACGUCACUAUCAACGUACGUUGCUGAAGCUUCCACCCAAAGAGCUGGCCGCCUUCAUCGCGGGAUCAAGGCAAUUUCGCGCCUGUCUGUGUGGAACGUCGGCACUGCCUCAGCCCCUGAGUGACUUCUGGACCACCCUUAUGCAGAAGAGGAUCGUACAGAGAUAUGGCGCGACGGAGUUUGGAGCCAUUUUCAAAAUCCAUCUCGAUGACAAGAAGGCGCCGGACGGGUCGGUGGGUGAGGUGGUCAAUGGAAUCGAUGUCAGACUUUCCAAUGGGGACGAAGGCGAAAUUCUUGUAAAGAGUCCGCAUAUGUUCUCCAAGUAUCUGUAUGAUCCGGAAGCCACAGCGAAAGCCCAUGAUGAGGAUGGCUACUUCCGCACUGGCGACAUUGCCCGAAGAGAAGGCAAGUACUACUGGAUACUUGGCCGAGCAUCGCUCGACAUAAUCAAGUCCGGCGGGUACAAGAUUUCAGCGCUUGACAUCGAGAGGGAGCUGCUGUCUUUGCCUUAUAUUGCCGAAGCUGUGGUGGUUGGUGUUGCCGAUGAAGAGUUUGGUCAGCGAGUUGCAGCACUGGUGUCGUUACAAGAGGAGGAGAUCACCGAUGCGUUCCUAGAGACGUAUGGCGACAGCAAGCAUCUUUUGACCAUUGAGGAUGUGCGACGAGACCUUCGCGAUCGACUAGCGGGCUACAAGUUGCCUUCGCUACUCCGAGUGGUCGACCAAGAAUUACCCAAAACGGUAACUGGUAAGGUGCAGAAGAAAAUCCUUGGACCUGAAUUCUUCCCUGUUCCAGAUUACCAAAUGAAUCCGGACGUACAAUCAUGGAUACAGACCCGAGAAUUGGCGAAGCUCUGAAGAAGCUGCGAGGCUAAGGUAUGUAGGGAUUAAAAGACCGUGGGAGAAGUGGAAGUAGUGGUAGUAGCUGUUGUUCUUGUAAUUGCCAUACUGUGUAGGUAAAGAGUUGAGAUUGAAGCAUUGGAUACCCAGUUGGAUGCGAGAUUGGUGGAAAUUAGCGAGUGUUGCAUCUCCCAUACAGCAUAGGAUACACUUAGUACGGAGUAGAUGAUGUUCUCCUCUUAUAAUAUAUUGUCUUCGUAUAGAGUGGAU